CGUCUUAUAGGACAUAUAUGCUAAAACUAUAAAACUUCAAUGAAAAUUUAUAUGUCCUAUCUGUAGGUCGUCUUAUCUGCUGAGAUAUACAGUAAUAUCUAAUCUUAAACAAAUGUAAUUUUGUAAUAAUAUACAUUACAUUUUAUAUAACGGUAGAGUAUGAAAUGGUAAAAAAUUCUGCAAAUAAGUUUUGUAUGAAAUAUUAAUUUAAACAUGUUCAAGUUAAAAUGUAGCAAAUGUUUUCCUCUUGUAAUCAUUUGUAUUGCUCUUGCUUGCUCUGUUUAUAUAUAUUCUUCGAUUUAUCUAAAAGAAUGGAAAAUCUGGAAAGAAUUCCAUACACUUAAUAUAAUUACUACGAAAAAAUUACUCAUACAAACUUCACCAUUUACAUUCUUUAUUACAAAAAAUGAUUCCAGAAUUACGAAGAAUAUUAAUGACGACGUAAUGGUUACGAAAAUUAAUGAUAAAGUAACUGAUUAUAAACAAGAUCCACUUCAAGAUCCAACAUUUUUAACCAUUGCUUGCAACUAUGGUAGACUAGGAAACCAAAUGUUUACUUAUGCCUCAUUAUUGGGUUUGUCGAAAAUGAAUAAACGUACUCCUUAUGCGCCAAAAUGUAAUAUGGAUACUGUUCGAAGAUAUUUUAAAGUGACAGCAGCAGAGAUUUCAGAUCUUUCAAAACAAAACAGAAGUGAAUAUCCUCUAGGACCGUAUUUCCGUCCAAAAGAUGCCCACAUUCCAAAAGACAAAAAUAUACUUACUGGAUACGCAUACCCAAAUUCAUUUACGUUUUUUGAUCGUUUUAGAGAUGAAAUUAGAAAAGAAUUUCAAUUUAAGGAAAGCAUUAUAUCUUACGCUCAAACUUAUCUUCAUUCUUUAAAAAAUGUUACGCGUUCAGAUGUUACGUUUGUGGGUAUACACGUCAGGCGAACCGAUUACUGUAAGUGGUUACAAAACUAUUACGGAAGACAAGUAAACAUGAUGUACUUCAAGCAAGCCAUAGAAUAUUUUCAACUGAAGUACAGCAGAGUGAUUUUUGUGGUCGUAAGUGACGAUAGAGGAUGGUGUAAAAGAAAAUUAGGUAUUUGGCCCAACGUGUUCGUGGCACCGGAGCAAACCGAUAGUGCCCACGAUAUGGCUCUUAUGUCUCAGUGUAAUCAUACCAUUAUGACUUACGGUUCGUUUGGGUUUUGGUGCUCUUAUUUAGCUGGUGGAGAAACGAUUUAUUUUGAUGAAUACAUAGCCCCGAAUUCGUCAUUUUUAAUCGACCAUUUGCCAUUUAACGAAACUUUUCUUCCUAACUGGAUUGGGAUAUCUGCUAAAACGGAUAAUUUUUGGAAUGAAUUUGAGACUGAUGGCAAUUGCACUGAAUGAAUGAUCCUAUAAAUCAGCAUUUCUGAAAGUGGGCAAUAAUGCCCCCUUGUGGACAGUGAGUAAAUUCAGGGUGCACUGCAGGCAGGGUACUGAACAGUGACCAAAGGCAAAAGUCGGCAGGGUCACUGACAGCUGUUCUCUUUCCUCUGUUAAGCGGAUAAGAGGAAACAUUGUGUUUAAUUCUAAUGAUUUCCAGAUGUUGAUAACAAUGUACACUAUAGGCACAAAGUGUGCGAUUCAUAGAAAAGAUUUCCUAAGAAUAUUUUCAAUUCUUUCUCACAGAAGAGAUAAUGGGUUAGGGGGCGUUGGGUAACUUUAUGGAACAAAGGGGCAGUGGAUCAACAGUUUGGGAAUCACUGCUAUAAAUUGUAAUUGCUCUUUUAGAUAUUAAGGUUUUGAAGAUUCAUGAUAUAUCAUUAAAACAAAUUCUAUUAUGAAUUGAUAGUUUAUCUUAAGUGCUCAGCAAUUAACUAAAUAAAAACAAAACACCUUUUU